CGCCUGGAAAUUGGUACCGACAAGAUCAUUUUAGAUUUUUAAGUUCCUGUCGCCAUGAAGGCCCACGAAACGAGGAGUAGGCUAACGACCCAAGUGCUCGUGGCAGUCGUUCUCCACGUGUGUGUGGUCGUAGCAGCUCCUGGCGGACAGACUGCGGACGACCUGGAACCACGCACGGACGACACUUUGGGCCCAGGGCACGACGACCUCACUGCACUGCAGGCGGACGACCUCGGCGAGUCUCAGCGAAUGCGAGAUGAGAAGUUGUUCAUCGCCCUAGUCCAGAUCCAGCCCGACCAGUGCACGACGAACGACGGCUUCAGCACCCUGGGUACCUGCAUGCCUGCCAAGGACUGCACCAACUCCGGGGGAACGGCGUCGGGGACCUGCGCGAAGGGCCUCGGAGUCUGCUGUCUGGUGACGAGGAGAUGUUCCUCCUCCUCGAGGUUCAACAACACCUACUUCGUGAACCCAACCAACGACUCCCUGGGCGCCUGUACCCUCACCAUCAACCGAAUGAACGCUAACAUCUGCCAACUACGCCUGGACUUCAUCUACUUCGAUCUCUCGCAACCCGAUGCAACAGGACAAUGCUCUGUGGAUUUCUUCACUGUGCAGGGGACGUCGACGAUGAUCUGCGGAAGCAAUACGGGUCAACACAUGUACGUGAACGUGGAUUCCAACGGAGGCGCGAUCAAGCUCUCAGUGGACCGGAGCACAGCAGCUCCCAUGAACCGCCUGUGGAACAUCAAAGUGUCGCAAAUUGAGUGCAAUUCUCGGUUCAGAGCACCAAAUGGCUGCCUUCAGUACUUCACGGAGACAUCUGGCACCGUAUCCAGCUUCAACUAUGACACGGUGCUUGUCAACGGCACCCGUCAGAUCCGAAACAUGGACUACGGGGUAUGCAUCCUGCCUCCUGACGGGUACUGUGGCAUCAUCUGGGAGAAAGACCCGACCAGUAUCUAUUCCUUCUCGGUCUCAGGGGCGUUGGAUGCACUGGACCCGAGGCUUAUUGGCACCACCUACGCCGUCAGCAGAAACUGCACCACCGACUACGUGAUCAUCCCCGGCGGCAUCGAGGACACGGGCAUUCGGAACGACCGUUAUUGUGGCCUCGGUUUCCCCAACAGCGUGAUGUCCUAUGCCAUGCCUUACGUACUGUACGUGACAACGGGCGGGGACGAAACAGGUGACACGCUGAACAGGGGCUUCAGGUUAAACUACAGGCUGACAACUAUCUGUGCUUAAUCUCCGAGGCACGAACGGGAGAGGAGGUGAUAACAGAGAGACAAAACGCUACAAAUAGGAAGUUUAGGAAAAGAAGGAAAACUAUUUUUUUGUUUGUUUGUUCGUUUGUUUUUCUUGUUUACAUUUUGUUGUUGUUUUUUUAUAUGUUGUUUGUUUGUUUUUUUUCUUUUACGUGGUUUAUUAUUAGUACCUGGUGUUUUCACAUUUGCUCUGGUUACUCUGAUUUUUACAGGGUAUGACAUUAGGGAAGCUUUUGUUAAAUAAAAGUGUAUGUAAACGGAGAUUACUUUAGAAAACAUGGCCCAUUUAUGAUUUUUUGAAAGAUAACUCUCUAAAAUAAUCUCAUUUUACUUUUUCUUUAAUAUUUCUUAUAUAUGAUUUUGUGUUACUUGUUAGAAUGAAGUACUUGUUUGUGUAUUUAUUUAUUGUUGACUAAUAUCAGUUAUAUAUGAAAUUU